AUGCAUACAUUAUGCAGAACUUUAAAAGUUGCUAAAAAUGACUUCUCCUUCAAGGAAAUCUCUCAUAAGUUCAAGUUGAUCUUUUAUGGUAUAUCUUCCGCAAAAACUGCAGAUUUGCCAAACAUUUCUCAAAACCACAUGAACUUGAUUAGUUUUGAUGACAUACUUGCUGAAAAGUUUCAAUCUGAAUUCUUAGUUGGUAAUUUAAGUGUUGAAAUUUUGUUGGUUUUCAUUUGUAAUAAAUUGGAUUUGGUUUUUGCUUUCUUUAAUGGUGUGGGUGACCUUACAUCACAAUUCUGCAAUUACUACAACAAUAACAAUGAGAGUAAUCAUGUUAUUGUACUUUUGAAAAAUGCACGAAUCAAGGAAGCUGAAGUGGAGAUUUCUUUAUUAUCAAUAUUUAACUUGCAAGUUGAUAUAACUCAAUACUCACAAUAUUCUUAUCUUGAUAAUUUUACAUGGAUAACUCAGGUGCUAAGUAUUGUUGAGAUCAACAAUCUUCAAUAUGAGACAACAUGUGUCAUUGUUGCCAAGUUAGAUAAGUUUGAAGUUGGGCAGACUGGGUGCUUUUAUGACGGGCGUGGUGAGUGUACCAAGAAUGUUUCACUUAAAGAUGGAAACUUGAAGUGUUUCUUAAACCAUGAGAGAGAUGAAAAUGAUAAGAAAUACAAGGCAAGGCUUGCCUUUUGGGAUGAUGAUUGUGUCAAUAAGAUUGGAAAGACCGUCCUUGAACUCAAUAUUGAGCUGAUUGAGGUUGGCGAAGAUAAUCCACUUGAAUAUCCAUAUGCACUGGAUAAAAUGUUGAAGUAA